UAAGGACAAAAUGGCGGAAGGUGAGGUGGCUAAACUACAGAACCACCUGAGUUUGCUGCGUGAGGAGUAUGUGAAGCUACAGAAUCGCCUGGCCGAGGUCGAGAAGAAAUACCAGAUAGCCUCAGCAAGUGCUGGACAAGUUGGGAAUGACAACUUUGUAGCCAGACUUCUGAAAACUGUGGCAGAUUUAUUUGAUAAGGAGUUAUAUAGUGAUUUGCAGAUACAGUUGGAUGGCUCCAAACAAGUGUUUGGUCACCGCUUUGUCCUUGCUGCCAGGAGUGACUACUGGGGCGUCCCAGACCUUAGCCAAGUGUCUAGUCUGGAUUUCUCUAAUAUAAAGUAUGAGGUAGCCCAUGCCUUAUUACGCUGGGCUUACACAGAUGACAUAGACAUCAGGUCUGAUAGUGAUUUCCUACUGGAACUCCUCAGAGCAGCCACUAAGUUCAAACUGAGAACUCUACAGGAACGGUGUGAAAAUGGUCUCAUGUCCUUUGUGAAUAUGAAAAACUGUAUAACAUUCUACCAGACAGCAGAAGAGAUUGGGGCCGAUCUUCUGAAAAGACACUGUUCUACGUUGAUAUCUAACCAUUGGAAUGACUUUACAAGUGAGGACUUCGUCCAUAUGCCAGCCCCGCUGCUGUACCAGAUGUUCAAAGCCAAAACUGAAUACCCCCUGCAUGCCACAAUACGUGCCAAACGCGAGGAUGCCUUGUUUUUAUACCUCAUAGAGUACGAUUCUCAGUUAUCUGUCAAAUUAAAUGAUGUUGAUGAUAAGGGUGACCUGCCCAUGGAUCUGGCCCUACAGUCUAGACAGACAAGUAUAGCAGAGACACUAAUGAAACACCGUGUAGAUGUGAAUCGACGGGACAACACCGGCAAAUGUCUCCUACACAAGGCUAUCAAGAGAGGUGAUGAGUUUUCUGCAGAGUUCCUUAUACGUAAUGGAGCUGAUGUGACUAUGACAACUCACCUCGACCGAGAGUCACCCCUCCAUAUGGUAGCGACCUUUAACCCUGAUGUGACCAGCCCUGAUGUAAUAACUGGCAUGGCAUGCAUCGCUAAACAGCUGCUGGAGCAUAACGCUGACCCGAACCACCAGGAUACCUCUGGGAGCACUGCCCUCCAUGCUGCAGUGUUCAGUAAAAAUGUGGCAGUUUUUCAAACUCUUCUGGACAGUGGCAAGAUCCAUUUUGAACUGAAGACCUCUGAUGGCCACACUGCAUUGUGGCUUGCACUACAGCAGGGAGAAGACAAGGAGGGUGACGUACAGACAGUGUAUGGGCCACAGAGUUUUGCUGCUCAACUCCUCGCCAAGGGUAGUUCACCUGACGCUGUCGAACCAGAGACAGGUGACACCAUCCUACAUCUUGCCACCAGAUCAGGUAACGAGAGGGCGGGCAUAUUCCUCGCCUCUCAUGGAGCCAAAGUGAAUCUCUCUAAUAGUAAGGGUGAAAACCCCCUACAUUUAGCUUGUCAGAAGGGUCUGUCUAACCUUGUGCAGGUGUUACUUAGCAAGGGAGGUAACCCUAAUGGACAGACAAGAAAGUCGACAAUGAGUGAUCUGAUGCUAGGCCAGGACGAGGCGCCUGCAACUUUACAAACUCCGCUUCACCUCGCCCUGGUCAACAAGUACAGUGAAAUUGUGGAGAUCUUCUUACAACAUAAAGUGGAGGCUGCCCACAGUGAGGACAAUGUCCUUAUUCUUCCGAACUUUAAUCUGAAGGACUCUGAUGGUCAGACAGUACUAGGGCUUGCCCUCUGGAGUGGACUCCACUCCGAGGCUGACCGACUCCUCGGUGCGGGUGCUAACAUCAAUGAGAAAAAUGCUGAUGGAUUCUCACUUCUCCACCAGGCUAUCGAGAAACAGGAUACCACCAGUGCCAUGUUUCUCAUAGAGCACCAGGCAGACCUCAACAUGAAAUAUGUUGAAGAUUUCUUUGGAACCAAUUCACUUGAGACUCCGCUACAACAUGCCAUACAGCGCCACCUACCAGUCGUUGUCGACAUGCUGUGCAAAAGGGGUGUGAAUAUGAACUUACUUGACCAUGAAAAGUCAUGUCCACUUUGGCAAGCUCUGGACACUGGUCAAGAAGACAUUGCACAAAUACUGGUCAAGCAUGGUUGUGACCUUGACCUGUGGUCCGAGGGCCCAAGUAGUUGUGAGCAGACACUACUUCACCGAGCCGUUGAUGAGAACAAUGAAGCGGUCGCCUGCUUUCUCAUCAAAAGUGGCUGUGACAAGAAUGCAACACGUCGACCAGGACCAAAUGGUGAAGGGGAGGACGAGGCUAAAGAUCAGCAGACGCCCCUACACAUGGCCUGUACAUGGGGUCUGGAAAUCGUUGUACAGUGCCUCAUGGAACACUCUGCAGAUGUCAACGCUCAGGAUACAGAAGGAAAGACCCCUAUCCACAUUGCCAUAGAGAACCAACACCCUGUGAUUAUAUCCCUUUUACUGUCCCACCCAAGUCUGGAUCUGACCGUCCGCGACAAACAAGGUUUCACUCCCUUCGCUGCUGCUAUGACGACCAAGAACAACAAAGCUGCUCAGGCCAUACUGAACAGGGAAUCGACUGCUGCUGAGCAGGUGGACAACCGGGGUAGGAACUUCCUCCACACUGCCAUACAGAAGUCGGACAUUGAGAGCGUACUGUUUCUAAUCAGUGUCCAUGCCAAUGUGAACUCUCGUGUCCAGGACUCUCAGCAGCUCACCCCACUACACCUCGCAGUCACGGCAGGCUCCGAAAUCAUCGUCAGAAAUCUGUUACUAGCGGGGGCAGAUGUCAAUGCCAAGACCAAAAAGAAUGAGACAUCGUUACAUCUAGCAGCUUUAAAGGAUCACUCUGUCAUUGCCAGCAUUCUUCUGGAGAACGGUAUUGAUUACGAUGUGGUCGACGAAAAUCUCAACAAUGCCUUACACGUAGCCGUACAACAUGGAAAUCUCAACACUGUCAGGAUUCUACUGACCGAGUCGCGGGUCAACGCUGAGGCAGUGAAUGCUAAGGGUCAGAUGGCGAUCCAUGUGCUGGCACAGUAUGGACGUGAUACAGCUUCAGCGGUGUUUGAACUCUUCAAAGAAAGCAUGCCUGAUUACCCUAUAGACCGACAAGACGCAGAGGGAAAUACAGCUCUACUGUUGGCCUAUGUCAACGGUAACGGAAGUUUGUGCCGGAGUCUCGUACGGUCGGGCGCUCGUCUAGGAACUAUGAACAAACAAGGACUUAGUAUAUUUAAUGCUCCUGUAGCAACAAAACAACUACUUUUUAAAUUACUAGAUAUGCUCUCUAAGGAGCCGCCGUGGUCUGAAGGAGAAGUUUGUUUAGAAUGUAUGGUCAAAUUUAGCAUUAAAACAAGAAAACAUCAUUGUCGUCACUGUGGACGUCUAGUCUGUGCCAAGUGUUCUGCCAAAGACAUGCCUAUCGUCAAGUACAACCUGUCUAAGCCUGUACGUGUCUGUGACAUCUGCUUUGACGUCCUCAGUCUCGGCGGAACGUUCUAACAAUCAAACACAUUUUGACAUUGAUAAGAGAUUUUAGUGUUAUCAUGUGCGACAGGUGCGAUGAGAAUGUGUCACAUCAAACGAGCACCAAGGAGAUAUCUGAGAUUCAAUCUUUUACAUUGUGCAUUUCAUAAGAUGAGAAUUCUCAUUUCAUUGGACAAGUGGAAAAGUACGCCUGCUGCUGUCAAUGAAGAAAAGUUUUCCUAUCACCUGUCACUAAAUAUAUCAGGAUAUAUGUGCAUCAGCAGAUGUGUCAUUUUGGAAGUGUCACUACUUGUGUCAUUCUGGAUGUGUGUGUCACUAUAGUGUCAUUCUGGAUGUGUCACUAUAGUGUCAUUCUGGAUGUGUUACUAUAGUGUCAUUAUGGAUGUGUCACUAUAGUGUCAUUCUUGAUGUGUCACUACUUGUGUCAAUCUG